AUGCAGCGGGCAUUGAACUCUCGGCUGCUCGCCGCAGCUUCGCGUCCUGUGGCGCAGCGCGCCUGUGCUCCUACGCGCCGCUUCUACAGCGCCAACACCGAGCCGACGCCAACCACCACCCCCUCGGACAAGCCCGGUGUGCAGGCAGGCGAUGCCUCGGUGGUCUCGAAGGAAGGUCCUUCUGAGGCCAUGGCAAAGCAUAACCCUGACUACAACGUGACCGUGGAUUACCGCACCUCAACCUUCUCUCCCAUCCCCAAGCGCGUCAUGGACGGCAGCGAGCCUGGUCAGGCUGUUCCUGCCGCCGUUUUAUCGGGCGCCCCCGUCGAUCUGCAAGCCCGCACUGUCCGCAUUUACAAGCCCUCUAAGCCCGCCACUCAGUCUGGCGAUUGGCACUCGCACCACUGGCAGAUGGACUGGGACCCUCUUUCCAAGGGUCACAGAUGGGAGAACCCGUUGAUGGGCUGGCAGUCGUCCGCUGAUUUCAUGCAGGGCGAGCGCAUGUUCUUCAAGAGCAAGGAGGACGCCAUUUCCUUUGCUGAAAAGCAGGGCUACGAAUACUUUGUUCAGGAGCCCAAUGAGCGGAGGAUCGUUCCCAAGGCGUACGCCAAUAACUUCUUGCACAGCCCCAAGAAGCUCAAGAUCGUCCGGACAAAAUAA